AUGCAAACUUCCUCUGAAAAUACCGACCUCAAGAUGAAUACACUCGAUGAACCUGCUGCACAUUUAAUCGAGGACAAUGUGGCGCUUCCCGAAGACAUGUUCAGCUCAUAUCUGGGCUAUCUAUUUUAUGAAUUGGCUCACUUUCCGCCAUUCAUUUUAAUGCUCUUGGUGACCACGAGUUUGGUUUCAUUGCUUGUGUUUUUUCAUGAUAGCUACCGCAGCACUUUUUUUUAUGUAUUCUCAUCGUUGGUUUCCGGUUUCUUGUUACAAGGUACUUUAAUUGUGUUUUGUGACGAAUCAGUCAGGGAUCAUGAGUUUGAUACUAAGCUUUUAGUGGAAGUGAUCACACGCAAACCCGCAGUGAAGGGGAAAGAGUGGAGAACUAUUACAUACAAGAUGAAUCAAUACUUGUUUGAUCGUGGACAUUGGUUUACUCCCUACUUCUUUUAUUGCGAUGAGAAGUGCUACCGUUAUUUUUUGCGUCUUAUUGAAGGAGUAACUCCCAAGAGGCAGGAAACCACAUCAACGGACAAUGCCGAGGAAGAUAUACAGUCUAAUAUACCGGCCACCACUGCAUCCGAUGUAUCCACUGGACCUGUCACUUCGAGUUCUGUACCAGUUUUACAAAAGUUGCUGUUCAGGGCAGCGGAGAUCGAACAGCAAUCACAAGAGAAUUACUGGCGAGAUAGAUAUCCUGACAUCGAUGCGCUACUUUAA